AUGAAAAAUUUUCAACACGAAUGGUGUGCCAAAAUACUUGAAAAACUCGAUAAAAAACCAACAUCCGGACCAUUUAAAAAUCCAGUUCCUCUUGAUAAUAAUCCAAGAUAUAAUGAAAUCGUUAAAUUUCCAAUGAAUUUAGAGCAAGUUAAGCUUAGCCUUCAAAACGAUAAAUACCAUAAAAUUAUGGAAUUUGCUGCAGAUGUUAGAUUAAUAUGGUACAAUGCUAUGUGCUAUUAUCCUCAAGAUGAUCCAAAAUACAUUAUAGCUAUGGAUUUAUCAAAAUGGUUUGAAAACAAAUUGCAAAACUAUCCACAAAAUGUCAACGAGCGAUGGAUGAUGAAAUUUAAAAAACUGCAUGCGAGAAUCAAGAAUUUACUUAACAAUCCAAUUCCAUCAAUGCCAUCAAUUGAUUAUCAACCACCCGAAAUUCCACAGAAGAAGGAUUCUACUGAAAAAACCGAAGAAACUCCAAAAGAACCAGCCAAAUAA